GAAUUUCAGCUUCCUACGAGAGGUUGGUGUUCUUUUCUUUUUGAAUAAUUCUGUCAAAAGAAUAUUAAUUAUCAAUCUAUGUUAUAGUGCGUGACCUUGGUGGCAACAUAUUUGGUCAUCGUAAUACAGUUCAGCUUAGACACCGAUACCGUCGAUGAUUCGGUGACUCAAAACAGUACCAUUCAUUGAAAAUAGAAUUUAAUUAUUUUAAAGCAAUUGUAAUUUAAUAUAACAAACUAAAUAAUUAAAUGCUGAUGUUUUUAAUAAUUUGUAUUCUGUCGCAUCAAGCGUAGUUUCCUCCACUAUGGCGGUAAGUAGUAUAAGUCCGUAAUUAACGCGAAGAGACCAUUGUAUUUUUUUUUUCAUUAUAAUUAAUGUCUUAAUUCAUCAAUUUGAUUGGUAAUCACAUGUACUUCUCGACAGUGUACACCGUAAAAACGAUUGAUCAUUAAAAAUUCAAUUUAACAGCCGAUCUAUAUGAUAGUAACAGCAAUUUCAUUACCGUGAUGAUAUCGAUCCAGGUAAACUAUAUUCAUUACUCAACCGUCUAUUAAUUUCAACGAACGUGACAAGAUAAUCGUCGUAACCGUAAAGAGCGAACAGUGAAGAGUUGAUCUUUAAAGUGUUCCCUUCGAAUACAAGUAUGUACGAGCCAAAAACGAUCGAUCGAGCGAUUUCACCUCUGCUUCUGAUGCAAUUAAUAACUGGAUUAGGCGUGUUUAGCGAUUCGAAUAAUCGUGUAAUUAAAUUUUUCGAAUUUCUCUAUUCCGGAUGCUAUAUGGUAAUAUUCUACUACACGUUCCAGUACGGUAUCGAAUUAUAUGAUAAUUUGUACUUCUUAAACGUGUUCAUGCUGAAUCGAAUAUCUAUUAAGUAUACCCACAUGGCUAACGCAAUAAUAAUGGGCAGUUUAAUCGCUCUAGGACGACUGAACGCAAAGAAUGUGAAGAAUGUAAUUGCACUGUUUAACAAGUACGAUCAAUCUGCGGAGGAGAUGGGUUUGCCAAGAGAAUAUCGUGUAGCCUAUCAGUAUCAAUUAUACGCUUUUGCGAUCAGCGCACUAUUCAUUUUGACUAGUGCAGUCACUCAGUAUCUGCUGUAUUUACCGCCGAUGCUGCAACUGUACAAGAAGGCAAUCAUUAUCUUCGUCCUACAUUUUCCAUUGCUGUUAUACAGCGUCUGCGUUAUCUCCUUUUGUUUCUGGAUCAGAUGCCUCGAAUUGAAAUUUCAACAAUUGAACAAUCUACUUCGAAGCCUAGAAGCUGCGAAACCGGAUUUACCACAGGAAAAGAGAAUCCUGACGAUGUUCUACGAUUUCAAUAAUAAAAAAUUCAGCUCCCUCGAGAACGAAGACAUUAAGAGAGACAAAGGAGACGCCCUCACAAUGAGACUAGUAAAACAAGCUCAUCUGGAGUUGAUCAAGAUCGCCGGUGUCGUGAACAGCACGUAUGGAGUACAAAUUUUGCUGCUGAUAUUCUCUGCUUUCACCUACCUCGUUACCUCCCUUCACACAAAUUACAAAACCUUAUGGCUGAGUCCAGACAUGGAACAAACCCUACGACUCAUUGUACUUCCAACAUUCGCGGCCUGUUUCUGCGGGUUAGAAAUAUUUGCUGUGGGCCACGCUUGCGGUAAAACCAGCACCGAGAGCGCAAGCACUGGGGAUCUUUUCUGCAAGCUUUACCAGACAUCUACGAGCAAAGAAUUUCGAGCAGAGAUUCGAGAUUUCACUCUACAAAUGGUCCAGAACCCUCUGAUGUUCACAGCCUGUGGAUUUUUCACAGUGGAUCACUCGUUCAUCUUAAGCAUAAUCGGAGUAGUCAUCACGUAUCUUGUGAUCCUCAUUCAAAUGGAAGAUACGACGACAAAAACAUACCGUCGAUUGCUUGAGAGAAAUCUUACAACUGAAAACGACGCACCUAUUGGUUGCAAUGAUUUUAAUAUGAAUUGUACGAUAAAGUACAAUUAAAAUUCGUAAUUGGAA